GUCCUUGGCCCCCUUCCGUCAUCGUCGAAGUAUAUCAAGAUGGAGUCACGCUCUCCAUCAUCUAUCCUCUAUCUUCAAUUCCUCAACACCUCUCAUCUUGUAGACUCACAGUAGCUAGAAGCACCGAAGACCCAUCAUGCCCACCCAGGAAUUUUUCAACCGCGUCCCUCCGUUCCCUUCCAAUAUCCCCACCGCAGACAUACCGUUAAUAUCAUUCAAAGACCUCGCAAAUGCAAGCACCACCGAGUCAAAUAAACUAUUCCAAGCCUAUGCUGAUGAAUCUAAAACCACCACCACCCUAAGCCUGGAUCGGCAAAUCCUGGAUAAAUUCGCCUACAACCCUCCUCACAACAUCGCAGGAUACAAACGCUCCGGCAAACUCCGCACCGCCGACGGCAAGCUAGACAGCAUGGAAACAUACAGCAUAAGUCAAGACGACAUGGUAGGCAACGUCCCUCCACGCGAGAACCCCGAGCCAAUCGAACACCACCGUACCGAAUGCUGGGCCUUUUUCGAGCACGCCCGUACUACACUCGAAGUCAUCUACGCCCACCUCGAGGAGAACCUGGGCCUCCCGCCUAACACAUUAGCUGAACGCAGCGCCCUAAACAAGCAGUCUGACACUUUUGCACGGCUACUUGUCAAUUGGCCUCAGACCAAGAACACUACUAACUCUGAGAGCAAAGAGCCCCAGGUAACGCUAGGUGGCCACGCCGAUAUGGGCGCCCUGACAAUGCUGUUCAAUGGGAAGGAGAAUGUGAGCGAGAAUUGGGAGUAUGUUCGUCCGAGACCGGGGUGUGCGCUGAUUAAUGUGGGUGAUUCUUUGAUGAAGUGGACGGGAGGUGUGCUGCAUAGUGCUUUUCAUCGUGUUGUGACGGCCCCUGGGGAGCAGGGAAGUGUGGCGCGUCAGAGCGUGGCGUUGCUUACGAGGCCGGAUCGGUCUGUUACUAUGCAAAGGAUUAAGGGGAGUGCGGUGAUUCCGCCGUUGAAGGAGGGGGAGGUUGAUGAUGAUCGGUCUGUGAGUGACUGGAUAAUCUGGAAGAUUACAAAGGGGGAGUUGAGGGUGCAGACGGCCGAGGAGAAGCGGGUGGCUGCUACUGCUUGA